AUGGCGGAUGACUUGGAUGACUUACUGGACGAGGUCGAAACAAAGUUUUGUUGUAACACUUUGUUAUCUGCACAACCCCUCAGCAAUUUUAAAAGGGACCAGAAAUGUUCGCAGUCUGAGAAGAUAGGCUCAACAAGCGGCGCCACACGACCACAGACACCUAAAGAAACAGAUAAUGAAAUCGAGAACCUGAUUCAAGAGAUACUGGAAGAUGAGGAUUACCUUCCUGUGAGUUCAGAUAAAUCCAUGCAAGUCACGGCUGACUCAAGAAAUCCAUUGCCACAAACAAAGUUAAGAAAAUGUUACCCAGUGUUUUUGGGAGGAAGCUCAGUAGCGACUGGAGUUGGAACAGGUAUAUCACAAAGAGCCUGCAAUGAGCUAAGAUGUACAUCUUGUGAUUUCCGCAUUGCCAUAUUCGAUGAUUAUGAGUGGGACAGUUCAUGUGAUUAUCUCUUUUUCAGGAAUAACAUGCCAGACCAUCAUAAGCUGAAAGCCAAGCUGAAGAGGAGGAAGGGGGCGCGGGCGUACGCCUGCCAGUGUAGCUGGCAUUCUGCCCUUGCCCUCACAGAUUUGAGAGAGCAGCACCAACUUAAAUGGGUUUGUGGCAAACAUUAA